AUGAGUUUCACCCGAAGGCAAUUUACAUUUUCUGCUGAACUAGUUUCUUGUUCGGCACCAAAAUUUGAAAUAAUUUGGUUAAUUGCUCUCAUAUUUUCAAUUAUAUCAUGCGGCUAUCUAAUAAGCAUUAUUUGGUACAAACGUGAUAAUGAACCAGUCAUUGUGACUCUAGACGGAAGAUUAACACCAAUUUGGGAAAUUCCAUUUCCCACAAUAACAAUUUGCCCGGAAAUUAAAACUUAUAGCAAAAUUAUCAAUUUUACAAAAAUUGCAAAUAAAGAAUUUGGUGAUAUUGAAAAAUUUACCGAAGAUCAUCACUAUUUCUCUGAGGUAGUAUCACAAACAUGUCAACUUUUAUCAAAAAAAUCUAUUCCUCCUUUCUUUGACUUAAUUCCCAAUUCAUCAAAUUUAAUCCAAGUGAUGUCAAAUGCAGCCCCCAAAUUAGACGAUGUUUUUCUCCAAUGCCAUUGGACAAAAAAUAUUCGUGAUUGUAAUGAAAUGUUUGUUCCCGUUUUGACAGAACAAGGAAUCUGUUUUGCAUUCAAUUCAAUUAAAUUAACACACUAUCUAACUGAAUUAUACGACUCCCGCCAAAAGGAUUUUUUCACGGACAAUGCCACUAUUAAUUUGGAUUGGGACCUACAAAAUGGCUACACCAAAGAAAAACUCUUUAAUUUGGAAGCUUUUCCAUUUCAUACUCCUGGCGAUAUGGAAAGUGUUAAAGUCAUUCUGAUUGAUAAAAAGGGCGAUGAAGAUCACAAAUGUAGAGUUUCUUCACAAGGUUUUAAGUUAAUACUACGGGUUCCAGGAGAUGAACCUCAAAUGUCGAAGAAAUUUGUUAACGUUCCUUUUGAUCAAAAAGUUUCGCUAACAAUUAAAUCUCAAAUUAUGACAACUUCUGAAGGAUUGAGGCAUUAUUCGCCAGAAAGACGCCAAUGUUACUAUCAAAAUGAACGAUAUUUAAGGUUUUUCACGGUCUACACUCAAGCCAAUUGUGAAAUGGAAUGUCAGGCUAAUACGAGCCUUUUUAGGUGUGGAUGUGUCAAAUUUUCAAUGCCAAAAAAAUCUGGACAUGCAGUUUGUGGUAUUAAAAAUGCUGAAUGCUUUGAAGAUAUUACAAAAAAUUUUGGUAAAUGGAAAUUUAUGUCAAAAUCAAAUAUUUAUGGCAGUGAUAAUGAAGAAAGAACAUGCAUUGAUAGUUGCUUGCCAACUUGUUUUGAUAUUAAAUACAAAGCUGAAAUUGAACAUCAAGUUCCAUAUGAUCAUAAUUAUACACAAGAUACGAGACUAACUGAAAUAACAAUAAAAUUUGAAGAUGAUGUCAUUAAUGGUCUAACACGUUCAGAAUUGUAUAGUACAAUUGAUUUUAUUGCAAAUUGCGGUGGUUUGUUGGGACUUUUUAUGGGUGUAUCGGUUUUGAGUGUUUUUGAAAUUUUGUACUUUUUUACAAUAAGAGUAUUGUGGAAUUUAAAAUCAAGACAGCAAAUAGAACCUUGCUAA